GAUUUGGUGGUUGCAAAGUUCGCGAUUUUUAAUCUGCUUCCGCCCUCGCGCCAGACGCACUUCGCUCGCCCCUCGCAGUCGGUGGCAGACUCUGCAGCGGUGGUGCCCCGUCGCUGUCGCGCAUUUGAACAGCGUCAAAUCGAAGACUUCUCUUUGCGUUUAUGUUUGGCUGCCUAACCCAAUUUCGUAAUCCGUUAAAAAACAAUUUCUCAAGCUUUCGUGCUGAUGAACCGAAUUCCAAGCCCGCCUGGUUGAAUGGGAGGCCCCCAGAUCGGAAUCCGGUAGUAAAAUAGCCCGGAGAAGGGAGCUUUAUUUAAAGUGGUGGCGGUCUUGGCUUUCCUCUUUGUGAUCUGUCCCCCACUUCACUCCUGCUUCAGUGCAGCUACUGUUUCUUUUACCUUUGGGCACAGAACGUUUGCUUACUUAUAUGGGAAUUUUCAUCCAGAGACGCUCUGUUUAAUUGCAUCUUGUACAAGUCUUUGGGGGUUUGGUGGGAGCAUUCAAUUCCUCCCGACGAUUUCCAUUCUUAGGAUCCGAGCAUCGAAGAAUUGCCUCAGUCCUUUAUGAAUCCUGAGGGCUGUGCUUGCUAGAGGGCAGUACGAGUUGGGAACCGAGAUGAGGGGGAGAAAUGAUGGGGGGCAGAACAAGAGGUCCAUCGUGCUGUUCUGCGUGCUGAUUGUGUGCUUAUGCCUUCUCAUCCUGUAUUUCUCGGGCUCCAACGGGCAGGCUGGGAGUGCCGCGUUCGAGUAUGGGACCAAAUUUUCGCGGUCUCUUGGGUGGGGCAGUGAUGGAGAUGGCGAAGAGGGCUCAGAAGAGUCCAUUUUUGGCACUGGGGAUGCAGAUGAUGUUAAGUCCAAGAGCUUCCCUGUGUGUGAUGACCAGCACUCUGAGCUGAUUCCCUGCUUGGAUAGGAACUUGAUAUAUCAGAUGAGGCUGAAGCUGGAUUUAAACCUGAUGGAGCACUAUGAGAGGCAUUGCCCUCCUCCUGAAAGGCGCUUUAAUUGCUUGAUUCCUCCACCACAUGACUAUAAGGUUCCUAUAAAAUGGCCGAAAAGUCGCGAUGUAGUGUGGAAAGCAAAUAUUCCACACACUCACCUUGCAAAAGAAAAGUCAGACCAGAACUGGAUGGUUGAUGCAGGUGAAAAGAUCAAGUUUCCAGGUGGCGGAACCCAUUUUCAUCAUGGAGCUGACAAAUAUAUAGCAAACAUUGCAAAUAUGCUAAACUUCAAGGAUAACAAUAUAAACAAUGAGGGAAUGCUUCGUACAGUUCUUGAUGUUGGUUGUGGAGUUGCUAGUUUUGGAGGAUAUCUUCUUUCUUCUAAUGUGAUAGCAAUGUCUUUGGCACCGAAUGAUGUACAUCAGAACCAGAUUCAAUUUGCACUUGAAAGAGGGAUCCCCGCAUAUCUUGGUGUUUUGGGAACAAAAAGGCUUCCGUACCCAAGUAGAUCAUUUGAAUUAGCUCAUUGUUCACGUUGUAGGAUCGAUUGGCUUCAAAGAGACGGGAUUCUUCUUCUUGAACUAGACAGAUUGCUCAGGCCUGGAGGUUAUUUCGCUUACUCGUCUCCUGAAGCAUAUGCACAGGAUGAGGAGGAUCGUAGAAUCUGGAAAAAAAUGAGUGCCCUUAUAGAAAGGAUGUGCUGGGAAAUUGCAGAGAAAAGAAACCAAACUGUUAUUUGGGUCAAGCCUCUGAACAAUGAUUGCUACAGGAGCCGAGCGUCUGGUACAAAGCCACCUCUAUGCAAAAGUGGUGAUGAUCCAGAUUCGGUAUGGGGUGUGCCGAUGGAACCUUGCAUUACGCCAUAUCCAGAACAAAUGCACAGAGAUGGUGGAACUGGGCUGGCUCCCUGGCCUGCUCGAUUAACGACCCCGCCUCCCCGUCUUGCUGAUUUGUAUGUUACUGCUGACACAUUUGAAAAGGAUACGGAAAUGUGGCAGCAAAGAGUAGAAAAUUAUUGGAGUUUGUUGGCCCCAAAGGUGAAACCAAACACUAUUAGAAACAUCAUGGACAUGAAAGCAAACUUUGGGUCGUUUGCUGCCGCACUCAAGGAAAAAGAUGUAUGGGUGAUGAAUGUUGUGCCACAUGAUGGACCAAGCACCCUCAAGAUAAUCUACGAUAGAGGGCUGAUAGGCAGCAAUCACGACUGGUGUGAAGCCUUCUCAACCUAUCCUCGAACGUAUGAUCUUCUCCAUGCAUGGACAGUCUUCUCUGACCUUGACAAAAGAGGUUGCAGUGCUGAAGACCUUCUCCUUGAAAUGGACCGUAUCCUUAGGCCGACUGGAUUUAUCAUCAUGAGGGACAAGAGCCCUGUCAUUGAGUUCGUCAAGAAGUACAUCAAUGCGCUUCACUGGGAAGCAAUAACCGUUGUAGAUGCUGAGCCCGGCCCGGAAUCAGAGGAGAACGAAAUGAUCUUCAUAAUCCGGAAGAAGUUGUGGCUACCAGAAGUUGGCUCACAGGAUUCCACCACAUAAUCUUUUCGUUCGAGUUCCUUCUGGCUCCCAGCAUCUGCAGCUCAGAAGCUGAGAAGCGAGGCUCGGCUGCGCCCUCUGAUGCGAUUCAACACCAUGCUCCUGAGAUAGAGUUCGGUUCUUGAUUUCAAGCCCUACUACCCACGUGAAAAUAGAUUAUUUAUCAACAUAUGGCAAAUAUGUAGCAGGCUUUAGAUAAAAAAGCCUUUUUUUGGUCUCAACAGAUACUGCAAUUGAUGUUUGUUCUCUACUCUGGUUAGGAAAUAAACAUUCGUUUUUACUUUAA